CUCAUGGCCACUGCUGCAGCCGCUGCCGCUGCCCGGCCAUGUUUAAUGGAUCCCGAAGCAGCCGCCAAAUGCAGCAUCACAGUUCCCAGCAGGCAAACCAUUCAUUUCUCUCACCAUAGGUCUCAGUUGUGUUCACUUUCCAUGAAUGGUUGCCAAGGAGUCUCUCACCUCCCUUUAGGCACCGUUGAAACGCGGUCGUUUCCAGCGGUUCCAACACCUUCAUUGGCUCUGGAUAGGCUCAGCUCCGCCAUACUGAAUUCAAACCCGCCUCCGUCUUCCUCCGGAAUUAUACGUCUCCAGAACCAAUGGGAAUGACCAGCAUAAAUCGAAGAACAAUUUGGUCAGCGUUGCCAGCGUGGGGUCUGCAGUUUUCUUUCAGGAUCUGCAUCCCUUCUCGUACAGGCGUUGGAAGUCCUUAAAGAGGUAAAACAACAAAACAUAUUGCGACAAGUUCAAUGUCAUUUCCAUUUAUAUACACAUUUAUAGUUACACUUUCAACUGUAGCUGUAGCGAAAUCCAUACGUACCACAUAUUGGUGACAUAUCGAUAACAUAUCAAUGGUUAUAUCCAUAUCGUUAAUAUAUACAACAUAUCAAUAGUUGAUAUCUGAAGGUAUCAACUAUAGUUACAGUUGACCGUGAUCCCCCUUGUGG